UUUCUUGUUGAAAUGCAACAAGUCUCACUGAAGUUAUUUUAGGGGGCUGUUGGGAGCAGCUGCUGCGCCGCUCGUAUCUGCUGUGUCAUUGAACACUCUUUAGCACUCUCGGUGUCUGCUCUGAAACAGCUCAUAAGAACAAUGGAGAACAAUAUGGAGUCUUCAGAGCCUACACCUGUGAUGCCAGCUACUCCUGAAGCUAAUGGUCCUGAGAAUGCUUCUCCUCCUGUGAAGGAUACCCAAGACGAUGAGAAAAAAUCAACAACCCAGGAUUCCACGUCCCAAAUUGAGUCAAACGCCGGUGACAUAUCCGAAGAGCUUGAUCAAAAGUUGGAGGAUAUUAUUAGUACGUAUGGGCCGGCUCUGACCUUAAAAGAGGAGGAGGAGGACAAGGCUUGCAAAGAGACAGAGGAUUCAGAUAAAGGGGAGACCGAAGAAGCCAAUGGAGAGCUUCCUCCUACAGUCCCAGAUGAGAGUGCCGGCAAAGACCAAAAGUCGGAGAAAAAGGUUAUGAAAGGCCUAGGGAAAGAAGCUACACUCCUUAUGCAGAGCUUAAAUAAAUUGAAUACUCCGGAGGAAAAACUGGAAGCUCUUUUCAAGAAAUAUGCAGAGCUGCUUGAAGAGCGCCGGCUUGAGCAGAAACAGCUGACAACCCUUCAAAAGAAGCAGGCCCGGCUAACGAAGGAGAAGGAUCACCUCCAGAAUGAACACAGCAGAGCCAUCCUUGCCCGUAGUAAGCUGGAGAGUCUGUGCAGAGAGCUGCAAAGACACAACAAGACACUCAAGGAGGAAACACUUCAAAGAGUGAGAGAAGAUGAGGAGAAACGGAAGGAGAUAACCAACCACUUCCAGAGCAACCUAAAUGACAUUCAGAGUCAGAUUGAGCAGCACAGCGAGAGGAACACCAAGCUGCGGCAGGAAAACACGGAGCUGGCGGAGAAGCUCAAAACUAUCAUUGACCAGUACGAGUUGAGGGAAGAGCAUCUCGACAAAAUAUUCAAGCACCGUGAUCUGCAGCAGAAACUGGUGGACACCAAGCUGGAGCAGGCGCAGGUGUUGCUCAAGGAGGCAGAGGACCGACACAACAGAGAAAAGGAAUAUUUACUGACCCAGGCAGCUGAAUGGAAGCUACAGGCUAACCUUCUGAGAGAGCAGGAGACAGUGAUGAAGGCCCAGCUUGCCCUCUACUCGGAGAAGUUUGAAGAGUUCCAGAAUACUUUGGCCAAGAGCAACGAAGUGUUUGCAACCUUCAAACAGGAGAUGGAUAAAAUGACAAAGAAAAUGGGGAAGUUAGAAAAAGAAACCACGCUGUGGAGAACUCGCUUUGAGAGCUGUAACAAAGCACUCCUGGAUAUGAUUGAAGAGAAACUCGUCAAGGACAAGGAGUACGAGUGCUUUGUGUUAAAGAUCCAGCGACUGGAGAAGCUCUGCCGAGCUCUGCAAGAAGAAAGAUCAGUGCUCUACAAGAAAAUUGCAGAAGCACGUGGCCCAAAAGUAAAGAGUAAGGAAGUGGAGCCUGAGGAACCCAUAGAAGAACACCCGGAGCCUCCAAAGACCAACCUGGAAGACCUCGUCGCUGCCUUCAGGAUAUCACACUGCAUUGAUCUUCCUGCGGAGUGCCCUACUGGUGCCCAGGAACCUGCUGAGGCCUGCCAGGCUGCUCUCCAUGAAAUUCCUCAAGAGGAAGGGGCUUCCAGACAGGAGAUACCUAACGUUGAUAACAGUAAGAGAGCAGGAGGAAUCCUUAGCUCUGGUGCUGAAAAAAAUGUUUCCGACACCAAAGAGAGUGAGAGUUCAGAAGUGCUGCCCGGUGAUAAAAAUCCCGAAGCUGCUGCCACCAAAGAGAAUGAGGCAGCAGCUCCAUCACCUGCUUCCACCAGUGAGAGCAAAGCAGUUGUAAGCGAUGGCGAGAUGGCAACAGGCAAUCAGAAUAAGGAACAAGCUGACUCUCUAAAGCCCACCGAUCCUUUAGAAGAGAGUCACAAUAAGCCCGAUGCCGACUUAGAGGGGGUUGAUUAAAGCGCAAAGCAUCAUGCGGUGAAGUUUCUUUAUUCUUUUUUUUUUUAAGUGACUUCCCAGAAAUUUGUAGAAAUUAUUCUUUUUUUUUAUCUACCCCCCUUUUCUAAAGACUUGUUUGAAAUUUAAGGUCAUGUCAUUAUACCUGCCAGUUCACGUCAGGCUUUACAGGAAUGGAAGCUGCCUCAUCACGCAGAAUAUUUCAGAAAGUCUUGAGAUUAAAGCGGGCGCGCAUUCGCGUUAAAGUCAUCAAAGGCAGUAACUUAAAAAGCAAUAAAUUAAAUUAAAAAAUAAAAAUUGGCAGUGCAGGCGAUCUCGACGCUUUGCAAGAAACGACCUCAAGAAAGCAAAAGUGGCAGAAGUGCUUGUUAUCUGUCAACAUUCACAUCUUGUGGAGUUUUAAAAGGGAGAUAGGAGGCAUAAAUUAUAAACAACAGUUGUGACCACUAGGGGGGCGCUGCAGCACCCCAAACCCCAGACGCAAGUCCCGGUAUAAUAAAAAAGGUUUAUUUUCACAAAUACUUUUCUAAAAGGCUUCAACAGUGGCAUAAUCACAACACAAUGUUUCAUCUCUCUCCUUCUUCUCCUCCACACCUCCCAGGCAAGCUUUGGCCAUCUUCUACACCCGCCUAGAUGGGAGAAUUUCCGGUGCUAGGCCAUAGUCUGUUAGAAGCACUUCCUGGUGAAACAAAAACCCUACAAAGUAAGGAUUACUAAUCUCAGAAGCUCUCAUGAACUAAAAUGUUUUAUUAAUAUCAUGGGACUACAGAUCCCAGCAUGCCCUGCGGGUGUUCAUGUGGGUCAGCUCCAUGGUCCCUGGUUCCUUUCAGGAGCCUCUUGAACCCAGAACAGUGAAUAAUGUACGUGAGGAUGAGCCAGACAAAUGUGGGCACACACUGUCAGCAAAGGGUGGGUGCAAAGUGACUCAGUGCUUUUAUUAAAACCAAACAAAAGUGUCCCAAAUGCAGGGCAAAAGAGAGAGUGACAGUCCGUGAGUCACAAUCCCAUAAAUAAUCCCAAGAUAAAACCGUAAUAAAAGGAACACAGAUGUCGAGUCCUUGCUCUUCUUUUUCCCUUCUUUCUGAACACAACGCAUCGUCUUCUCUCCUGUCUCCCCAGCCAGCUGCAGUCCUCCUUUUCAUCCUUCAACUUGUCUGCCUUUGUCGGCGUCUGCCAGACCCCUCAUAGCCUGGAUAUCCACCUGUCUUCCUUCACGCUCUUCUGGCAUCCUCCAGAUCACUAAGGAGGACUCCACCACCAUCGUACCCGCUCCUCCAUUAAAUCAGCGGGUGACGAUCCCCCUCUGUGAGCGCCGAUUGCUACCUUCCACUCUACCUCCUGUCUUUCUCUAGCUGGCUCAGGCACCUGAUCCAUCGCUCACUCACGGUUCUCUCGUUUCAUUGUCGGCCCUCUCUCGCAUCUCGAUUCUCCUUUAAAAAUCUGCAGAACGCAGGUGCGGCAAUCAUGGCUCCAGCCUUAAUGAGGGAAUGUGUCGAUCCCCACACGUGCACUCAUGGAUACGGGAUCGCCAACUCCACAUCUACCGCCAGAGCCACUCCACCACCCCACCUGACGCCGUGAGCAUAUUA